GAUACAGGCGCCGUCGCUGGCUUAGUACGUCACCGCGGAGCUGUUCUUCCUCUAGUGCCAGCAUGGAAGGAAAAAGAGGCGCCGCUGGCACUGGCACAGUAACAGAAGUUACCCCGGAACCGGCUGUGGGAGAGUUACUAGGAGACGAAUGUUAUGCUGACUUCUUAAGAGAAGACUUUGAUGUAAAGGCAUACACCUCGCAAUCGAUUCAUCAAGCUGUUAUAGCUGAGCAAUUAGCAAAGCUUGCUCAAGGGAUUAGUCAGCUGGAUAAAGAGCUCCAUUUGCAAGUAGUUGCAAGGCAUGAGGAUUUGCUAGCACAAGCAACUGGCAUAGAAUCUCUGGAAGGUGUUCUUCAAAUGAUGCAAACCAGAAUUAGUGCAUUGCAAAGUACUGUUGACAGAAUCAGAGCCAAAAUUAUUGAUCCAUACAACAAAAUAGUGUCUCGUACUGCGCAGUUAGCAAGGCUUCAGGCUGCCUGUGACUUGCUGCGGAGAAUAAUACGCAUCUUGUAUCUCAGCAAGAGACUUCAAGGGCAGCUGCAGGGAGGAAGCAGAGAGAUAACAAAAGCUGCUCAGAGCCUCAAUGAGCUUGAUUACCUUUCCCAAGGAAUAGAUCUCUCCGGAAUAGAAGUAAUUGAAAACGACCUGCUUUUUAUUGCAAGAGCUCGACUUGAGGUGGAAAAUCAGGCUAAACGAUUGCUUGAGCAAGGGAUAGAGACUCAGAAUCCUACUCAAGUAGGAACUGCUCUUCAAGUUUUCUAUAAUCUUGGGACUUUGAAAGCCACAGUUACUAAUGUUGUGGAUGGAUACUGCACGACCUUGGAGGAGAACAUCAACAAUGCCUUGGAUAUUAAAGUUUUAACUCACCCCUCACAAGCAGUGGUUAGAGGUGGCCCUGGACGAGCAGCUAUGCCAACACCAGGAAACACUGCAGCCUUUAGAGCAGCUCUGUGGACUAAUAUGGAAAAACUGAUGGAUCAAAUCUGUGCAGCUUGUGGGCAGGUGCAACAUCUGCAGAAAGUACUGUCCAAGAAAAGAGAUCCAGUUACGCAUGUGUGCUUCAUUGAUGAAUUGGCGAAGGAUGGCCAGUCAGACAUUUUGUACAUAUUCUGGACAGCAGUGACUCGGACACUUGCCUCCCAAUUUCAGAAAGCAACCAACUCUUCCAUGUUUUUGAAGCAAGCUUUUGAAGGCGAAUACCCUAAAUUACUGAGACUCUAUAAUGAUUUGUGGAAGCGCCUUCAACAAUAUAGUGAAAAUAUUCAAAGAAAUUUUAUUACCAAUGGCAGUGUGGAACACUUUGCUGAACUUCAUCAGAUUGAAGAUGAUACCCAGGACAUAUUCAUGCAAAAGAAACAGGAUUAUGAUCCAGAAAUAGCCCUGAAAGACUCUUUGCAACCUUAUGAAGCUGCCUACUUGUCAAAGUCAUUAUCUCGACUCUUUGACCCUAUCAACCUCGUCUUUCCCCCUGGAGGUCGCAAUCCUCCUUCAACUGAUGAGCUUGACAGCAUCAUCAAAACCAUCGCAAGUGAGCUGAAUGUAGCUGCUGUGGAUCCAGAUCUCAGCUUGGCAGUAUCAAAAAACGUGGCAAAGACUAUACAACUCCAUGGUGUAAAGUCUGAACAGCUUCUGUCAACGCAAGGAGAGGCCAGCCAGGUGAUUGGGCCAUUAACAGAAGGUCAAAGAAGAAAUGUGGCUGUAGUGAAUUUACUGUACAGGUUACACCAGUCAGUGCUAAAAGUAGUAUCCAGCCAAACUGCAUUUCCAGCAGCUUCAGAGGAAACUAUUAGCAUAGCCUUGAAGACAGUCCAUGAUUUGAUGGGAAACGCUGUGCAACCUUUAUUGAACUCAGUUGGUGACUCAAUAGAGGCUAUUAUCAUCACUAUGCAUCAGGAAGACUUUUCUGGGUCUCUGCCCACUUCAGGAAAGCCUGAUAUCCCUUGUUCUCUAUACAUGAAAGAGUUACAGGGCUUUAUAGCAAGAGUCAUGAAUGACUACUUCAGACACUUUGAAUGUUAUGACUUUGUCUAUGAAAGUACUGAAGCCAUUGCUCAGAGAGCAAUAGAACUUUUUAUUCGCAAUGCCAGCCUACUAAGGCCACUGGGUGAAGGUGGGAAAAUGCGUCUUGCUGCUGAUUUUGCACAGAUGGAGUUAGCAGUGGCUCCUCUCUGCAGGCGGGUCUCUGAUCUGGGAAAGUCCUACAGACUCUUAAGGUCAUUCAGACCCAUGCUGUUCCAGACUAGUGAGCAUAUUGUCAAUAGCCCGGCUGUGGGAGACAUCAUUCCAUUCAGUACUGUUAUUCAGUUCUUAUUUACAAGAGCACCACCUGAAUUAAAAUCUCCAUUCCAGAGAGCAGAAUGGACCAUUGCCCGUUAUUCCCGGUGGCUUGAUGACCAUCCUUCUGAGAAGGACAGACUCAUUUUAAUACGAGGUGCAUUGGAAGCUUAUGUUCGAUCAGUAAGAAGUAGAGAAGGAAAGGAAUUUGCUCCAGUCUAUCCUAUAAUGGUACAACUGCUGCAGAAAGCAGUCUACUCUUCAGUAAAUUGUUCUUUGGAAGACAUGGGAACUUCUCUGAAUCUGCACCGUUUUUCUUCUCCUACCUUCAAGAGACAAACAAGCUGCAAGAACAGCAUCAAUGUUUCUCCAUAAUUAAACACCAGAAUCUCAGUCUCUAGCCCCUUUGGUCU